GCGUACACUGGCAACCGUCAACCUCAAGCUACACCUGGGUCCGCCGACAGAGGUACGUGGACGCCGCAUACGGCGCCGCCUAUGCUUCCAACAUGCUUUCGUAGAAGUAUCUUGAGAUUCCUCUUAUUAUGCCUGCUUGCCCGUGCGGUCUCUGCUCAGGCAGGUUCGCACCACAAGGUGCACGCGGUAGUCCCAAAGCCGGCUGGGUACGCGACGAACGAGACGAGCAACAGCAACGUCGUAUGCAGACCAUUCGGGCGGUGCGAGCCCUGUCCUGACGAUGCCCUGCACGAGCCCUUCUGCCAGCCGUUCGGCAACCGGCGGCUCAUGCACUGCCAGGCCUCGCAGGGCGAGACGCCCGCGUGGCAGUCGUGCGGGCGCAUACCCGAGCAGGAGCGCGCGGACUUCUACGAGUUCGUGGCGUGUAAUCUGGCGUUUGCGCUGGUCGCGCUGGGUUUGGUGGUGGUGCGGACGAGGCGGAUGGAGGCGAUGCUCGCAAGGAGGAUCGCGGCGCGGAUUGGGCUGGUUAGAGGGGGAUGAGGAGGUGUGCCGUAGGAUCGGAAGGUCCGAACGCUCUUUCUCCACGGGCGGACGUACAGCUCGAUAGUCGACUCUCGCAUUAUCCCAAUUUCAACUUCUUCCGCUUCCCCUCCGUAUCAUCCUUCGCCCCGCCGGCCUCCAUUCCCUGCUUCACUGCCGCCGCGUUGAUAACUGGCAUAGGCCGCUUCGCGAACACGAUCUUCCGGCGUACCAAGCCAAUCAUAUCAUAGCUCGUGCCGUCAUCCUCAUUUGGCUGUGCGCGGUGAAGGACUGCGAGCGGCUUCUGGAGCGUGACGAGCUUGCCCUCGAGGAGGUGGUGGCCGAUCAGGAGCGUCGGCUUGUCCUGCGGAGGAUCAGGCUUUGGCGGGUGGAAGGGAGAUUCAGUAUGCAUACCCCUUCGAAUUUGAGCUUCCCGACUGCCUGCCCGGACCUAUCCCCUUCGACUUCGAGUGAUCCCUGUAGCUCGAUGAUGACCACUUCGGAGUUUCCGAGCUUCGCGAGGCUUGGGGGGAGCCGGGGGCCGUUUGAAGGGCCAGGAAGGUUGAUUGGGAUUAUCAUUAGAGUCGGGGUGUUCUCGUUAUUUUGAGCAAAUACAAUGAAGGAUAUGUUAAUGCCGUAAAGACGGGACCGUAGCGGUGCGCGGGGGAAGGAG